AUGUGUGAGCAGACGUUGACCGGUUCAUUUGGCCUAGCUCCAACUCCACCGCCAAUUAAUGAUCAGGUGGUCAAAUGUCCGUUGUGUUUGGAGCCGUUUCGCGAGCCGAAAGUUCUUGCAUGUUUUCACAGUUUUUGCAAAGGAUGUCUCGAGCGGCAAAUGGAGACCGGGGCAGAAAAAAUUGUCUGCCCACAGUGUCACGUUGAAACACAACUUUCUGUUCAGCUAGGUAUUGACAGUCUGCUCAACGAUUACGGCUUAGAAAAUGCAUUGUCUCGCCAGAUGUCUAACGAAGACAAGGGACUUAUAUUUGGAUCUCCUACUAUUUCAGCUUCUCCACAGCUGAGCGAUUCGCCAACUUAUGACCAGAAUAGCAACAGUGCGUCAUCGACAUGUACAGGUUGUAAAAGUGGUGAGCGAGCGAGUGCUUUUUGUCAAGACUGUGCUCAUUAUUUGUGUACAAAUUGCACUCUGGCGCACCGGUACAUGCAUUGUUUUGAAGGUCAUCGAGUUGAACAACUUGGUCACGGUGCUUCAACUUCACCAACUCUGUCGGAUACGGAGGGGAGCUGUAAAUGUAUUCAGCAUCGCACACAGCCGUUGCGCUAUUUCUGUCUAACGUGCAAUUUGGCUAUAUGUAACGAGUGCGUACAGACGGAUCAUCCUUCUCCUCAACAUCAGUACGAACUGAUCAGUAACGUUGCUGAUAAGCAGAUGAGCAUAAUGGAGUCACUGGUGAAUGAAGCCAGCAUGAAACAAAAUGAACUUCAAGAAAUGUUCAAGUUGCUGGAUGCGGCGCAGAGUCGUUUAUCUUUGUCUUUCAACCGUGCCCAGCAAAGUGUUGAUGAAGCAGCUAAAACUUUAAUUAGUUUUGUUGAAGAGGGCCGGAGGCUGUUGAUUAAAGAACUGGAGAAUUCGCAAAGUGGCAAACAGAUGCAACUAAAUUUCAUCGACAAAAAGGUGCAACAAAUGACUGAAAAGUUAGGACAAACAAUAGAAUUCACUCGGCGUUUGGUCAAAUACGCGUCUCCGACAGAAGUGAUGGUGUUUAAACAGUUGCUCCAUACACGCCUUCAGGUGUUCCUGUCUUUCAAUCCUGAUCCGAAUAACAUUUUGCACUCUAGUUGCGAAGUUGAAUUUUCACCAAUAAAUGCAAAUGCUGCACGUCAUCAGAUCAUCAAUUUAAUGGGAAAUGUAAGAGGUGGUUCAGAUUGGGCACCAGGCACAGUGCCAUCAUCAGUUGCAGGAAUGCCUCCGACUCCAAUUGGGCGUCCUCCAAGUCGUCAGCUUUUGCGUGGCGGUGCGAAUGGAGUGAUGAAUUCCGCUGUAAAUUAUUCAGAUUCGAAUUUGUUACGACCUAAGGGUGAAUUUGGUGGUUCAAGUCAGAGCUUGGGCACUUUUCCUCCUAUGGAUACUGCAUUUGUGGACCAGUAUCAGAAAUGGAGUAUGGCUUUGGACCCUGCGAGUGGUAUUCAACUGUCCGAGUCUCCUGAUAUGGACAAUGUUGAUAAGUUGAAUGCAAUCGAUCCGAAAUUUCCAUUUUUACAGUUCACGGAACCCUCAGGGGUCGCAGUGAAUGCGCAGAAUGACAUUGUUGUGGCAGAUACAAAUAACCACCGUAUCCAAGUGUUCGAUAAAGAAGGUCGUUUCAAGUUUCACUUUGGUGAAUGUGGGAAACGCGAUGGACAGCUGCUAUACCCUAACCGUGUGGCAGUUAAUCGGGCAACUGGGGAUUUUAUUGUCACGGAACGUUCGCCUACUCACCAAAUUCAAAUUUACAACCAGUACGGUCAGUUCUUACGCAAAUUUGGAGCCAAUAUUUUACAGCAUCCGCGUGGAGUUUGCGUCGAUAACAAGGGUCGAAUAGUGGUUGUUGAGUGCAAGGUUAUGCGUGUCAUCAUCUUCGAUAUGUUUGGAAGCAUCCUUCAAAAGUUUAGUUGUUCUCGUUAUUUGGAGUUUCCUAACGGUGUGUGCACCAACGACAAACAAGAGAUUCUAAUUUCAGACAACCGUGCUCAUUGCAUUAAAGUUUUUAAUUACGAGGGGCAGUUUAUUCGUCAAAUUGGUGGCGAAGGCAUAACGAAUUAUCCAAUAGGGGUUGGCAUAAAUGCUGCUGGUGAAGUGGUUGUUGCUGACAACCAUAACAACUUCAACCUUACCGUUUUUAGCCAGGAUGGCACAAUGAUAUCAGCUUUGGAAAGCAAGGUGAAGCAUGCUCAGUGCUUUGAUGUGGCGCUUGUUGAAGAUGGUUCUGUUGUUCUAGCCAGUAAAGACUAUCGUCUUUAUCUGUAUCAUUAUCAGCCUAGCGUUAACAACAACUAA